UGUGCCCGUGUCCGUGUCCGGCGGCGGGCGGUGAGCGGCCAUGCCGCGCAGGGUGGAGAAGUGCCUGCAGAUCGCCCCGCACUCCCUGGCCAUCGUCCUGGACGCCGCGGCCGGGGGGCGGCCGGGGGCCGACGGUGCCGGUGGUGCCGGGGCCGGUGCCCGUGCGGGGCCGGCGGCGGAGCUCGGCCGCCACCGCAUCGGCUACGAGAUCUUCGCGGACUUCAAGCGCGAGAACAUGCAGCACUUCUGGGACCGGCGGGCCACGGCGGCGGUGGCCGAGACCUUCUUCCUGGGCUGGAUCGACGAGCAGGUGCUGCUGGUGCAGGGCAAGGAGGAGCACCUGGAGGUGCUGCGGCAGGGCUGGGCGCGCCGCUCCCUCAAGCCCCCCAGCGGUUUCCACAUCAAGUGCCUGGAAUACAAAAAUCUCUGCAUUCAGAAGUGCUAAGAACAGCUUCUACAGAGGCAAGUGCAAGUAGUGCCUGCAUAAACCUUCAUCUGCACAGGGCAAUGGGAAAUUGUCUCUGGUUGCACACAGGUGGGAAAUAUCAGAGCUUCAAAAGCCAAGUGGAGGAUGGCAGCAAGCUGUGGUAACCAGGGCUAGUCAGGGUAGGUGUCCCAGGAGUGGAAUUAUCCUUCUGAUGGGUGCUACUGCAGAAGCAAAAGAGAAGGGACAAACUCCAGGGUCCCACUGAAAACCAGAGACUAAAGAGUACCACCUUCACAGGAACAAACUGACUCUGCAGUGCUGCAGUCUGCUCCAGAGGACAAGCGGACUGAUGAUUUUGCCUUGAUUUUCCAGAAGCCUUUGAGUCAGGCGUGUGUAGAGUCAUGUAAUUUUUGUCUGUUCUUCUGAUUCCUCUCUAGAGUUUUUUCCUGCCCAAAUGUAUGUGCCAAUGAGACAGCCUCUG